AUGAAUGCUGCUGCAAAGAGACUCGUUUUGAUUACUGGGGGAACUAGUGGUAUUGGCUUCGAGCUCACAGCUCAGCUUAUGGCAAAGGGCACUUACCAUGUCCUAAUGGGCGCUCGAUCAAUCGAAAAAGGGAACGCUGCUCUAAAACACCUGAGUGAUCGAAAUCUGCCCGGCAGUGUAGAGAUGCUCAUGAUAGAUGUUACCGAAGACCAUACAAUCGAAAGCGCCGCAACCAAGGUGCGCCAUGAUCAUGGCAGACUGGAUAUUCUCGUCAACAAUGCAGCCGUGGCACCAAUGAAAGACAACGGGCCAUUACGCGAAUUUAUGCUCCUUGCCUUUGACACCAACGCAACGGGGCCUCUCAUUGUGACCAACGCAUUUGCGCCGCUCCUGAAGGAGUCGAAAGAUUCGCCUAGGAUUGUCAAUAUUACCAGUGGAGCGGGCUCGAUUAGUUCUCGACUCAAUCGGAAUUCGCCAACCUAUCAACUCCAGGGACACCAAUAUCGAGCGAGCAAAUCUGCGCUCAACAUGAUCACUGCUUGUCAAUUUGUGGAGUAUGAACCGUACGGAAUCAAAGUCUCGCUUUAUGAUCCGGGUUUUACACAGUCGAAUCUCGGUCCGCAUAAUAAAGCAGAAUUUGGAGCUAGAGAACCGGCUGACUCUGUCAUGCCCUUGAUUGAUGUCUUGGAGGGCAAGCGAGAUGACGAGUCGUUGAAAAUACUGCACAACACCGGCAUUUACUCGUGGUAA